AUGCUUUCUCGACUGUCUGACCAUUGCAUAACCGGCCUCGCCCUGCCCCCCCCCACAGUCUUAUUAUUCUUCAUUUUCUUCCCUUUUACUUCUUCACUUAUCCGCUUAAUUUUCCCUCCAUCCCUUUUUAAAUUUCUUCUUCUUCUUCUUCUUCUUCUUCUUCUUUUUUAUUAUUAUUAUUUUCCUCCUCAGCCUCCCCUUGUCCUACUCCUCCUCCUUCUUUUAUUCUCCUCCCCUUCUUCUUUUUCUUCUCCUCCUCCUCUUUCUUCUCCUUCAUCGUCUUUUUACCCUCCUCCUCCUUCUUCUUUUUUUUCUUCUUCUUCUUCUUCUUCUUCUUCUUCUUCUUCUUCUUAUCCUUCUUCUUCUUAUCCCCUCUUCCUACUCUUCUUCUUAUUAUUUUUCUUCUUCUUCUUCUUCAUUUUUUUUAUUAUUAUUUUCCUCCUCAGCCUCCCCUUGUCCUACUCCUCCUCCUCCUCCUUUUAUUCUCCUCCCCUUCUUCUUUUUCUUCUCCUCCUCCUCCUCUUUCUUCUCAUUCUUCGUCUUUUUACCCUCCUCCUCCUCCUGCUCCUCCUUCUUCUUCUUCUUUUUCUUCUUAUCCUCUCUUCCUACUCUUCUUCUUCUUCUCUUCUUCUUUUUAUUUUUCUUCUCCUCCUUCUUCUUGUUCUCCUUCUCCUCCUCCUCCUUCUUCUUCUUUUCUUCUCCUACUUCUUCUUCUUUUCUUCUCCUCCUUCUUCUUGUUCUCCUCCUCCUUCUUCUUCUUUUCUUCUCCUUCUUCUUCAUCUUCUUACUCUACAUCUCUUCUUCUUCUUCUCUUCUUAUCCUCUUCUUCUUAUUCUUCUUCUUCCUCUAAUCAAUUUCUUCUUUUUGUUGUUGUUGUUGAUGGUGGUGGUGCUUUUCUUCAUCCUACUCAUUUCGCCUUCUAUCCCUUUUUAUUCUUCUUUAAUCCACUCUCUUUCUUCUUUGCCUUUUAUUCUUCAUCUUCGUCGUCUUUUUGUUUUCUUCAUCUUCAUACUUUGUUUCGUAAUUUCUCUUCUUGUCUUCCUUUUUUUCUUCACCUUCUACUUCGCCCUUUUCAUAUCUUUACUACGUCUCUUUCCUUCUCCCACUCUCAUGCCGUCCACUGUUUUCGUUUUAUCUUCCUCCUCUCAUUUUAUUCUCUUACUUUUCUACUUUCUUUCACUCUUCUCCAACUGUUGGCGACACACUGUCUGCUCUAAGGAGGUUCCUAUUUUCAAAAAUUUGUCCCUAUCUAUCUAUCUAUCUAUCUAUCUAUCUAUCUAUCUAUCUAUCUAUCUAUCUAAGCCUGUUUAUACUUAUAUAACCAUCUACCGGCACAUAUAA